AUGCGUCUCUCGCAGCUCGCCCCCUACGCAGCACUGCUCGCCGCAGCAGGCUUUGCUUCCGCUGCGGAUGAUUCGGACAUCAUCAGCCUUACGCCCUCCAAUUUCAUCUCCGUCGUCAACAAGGAGCCUCUGAUCCUUGUUGAGUUUUUCGCGCCAUGGUGCGGGCACUGCAAGGCGUUGGCACCCCAUUACGAGGAGGCCGCAACUGCCCUCAAGGAGAAAGACAUCAAACUUGCCAAGGUGGACUGUGUCGACCAGGCUGACCUCUGCCAGCAACACGACGUCAAGGGGUAUCCCACCCUGAAGGUUUUCAAAUAUGGUGAACCUUCUGAUUACACUGGUCCUCGUAAGGCAGACGGCAUCAUCAGUUACCUGAUCAAACAAUCCCUUCCUGCUGUUGCAGAAGUGAAGGCUAACAACCACACCGAAUUCCAAAGCGCUGACCGACUCGUCCUCAUCGCCUAUCUUUCUUCCCAAACUCAAGCUCCCGGUCCCGAAUUCACCGCAGCCGCAGAAAAGCACCGCGACGACUACCUCUUCGGUUUUACGACUGAUGAGGAGGCCAUCAAGGAAGCAGGUGUAACCCCUCCGGCAAUCGUCCUAUACAGGAAAUUCGAUGAACCCCGUAUCGACUUUACUCAACACGUCCCCUCGGCUACAGUCAAGGAAAUCGAAGCUUUCGCUCUCGAAAAUGCCAUUCCUUACGUUGAUGAGGUAAACGGUGACAACUAUCAGACCUACAUGAACAGCGGACUUCCUCUCGGAUAUCUCUUCAUCGACCCGACUGAGGAGAAGAAAGAUGAACACCUCGCCAAUCUUCGUCCAGUCGCCGCAAAAUACAAGGGCAAAGUCAACUUCGUCUGGAUCGACGCGAUCAAGUUCGGUGAUCACGCCAAAGCCCUUAACCUACCUGACAUCAAAUGGCCAGCGUUCGUCGUCCAGGACCUCCAUAAGCAACUCAAGUACCCGAUCAGCCAGGCCCAUGAGCUCACUGCCGAUAAGAUCGACGAUUGGAUUUCGAAGUAUCUUGACGGUCAACUCCAGCCUGAGUUGAAGAGCGAGGCGAUCCCAGCAGAACAGACCGAGGCUGUGUAUACGAUUGUGGGCAAGACGUUUGAUGAGGUCGUACUUGAUGACUCGAAGGAUGUGUUCAUCGAGUUCUACGCACCGUGGUGUGGUCACUGCAAGCGUCUCAAGCCGACUUGGGACUCGCUUGGUGAACGUUACGCAAAUAUCAAGGACAAGCUCGUGAUCGCAAAGAUGGACGCAACAGAAAACGACCUCCCACCAUCCGUCGACUUCCGCAUCUCCGGGUUCCCAACACUGAAGUUCAAACCCGCAGGUUCCAAAGAAUUCCUCGAUUUCAACGGUGACCGCUCACUCGAGUCGCUCAUCGAGUUCGUCGAAGAGCAGGCGAAGAACAGCCUCGAGUACGUUCCUCCCGCAGAAGUUUCUGGUGCCUCAUCAACUGCUGCUUCGCACGAGGCGACGCCUGAACCGAAGGAAGGUCACGACGAGCUUUAG